AUGACCGAGCCCGAGCCUGUGGUGAUGCGGUUGAGCCUGCCGGCAUCUGGCGCCGGAAGACGAGGAAGAGGUGGUGUGGAAGAGGAUGAGGAGGAGGAAGAGGACGAGGAUGAGGAGGAGGAGAACGAGGACGAGGACGAGGACGAGGAUGAUGAUAAUGAUGAUGAUGAAGAUGAUGAUGAAGAGGAGGAAGAUGAGGAUGAGGAGGAGGAUGAAGCAGAGGAUGAAGCAGAGGAUGAUGAGGAGAAUGAGGAAGUGAAGGAAGAGAAGGAGGACGAGGAGGUGGUUGAAGAGCGCGUGAAGGUGGAGGAACCAAGACCAAGAGCCGUGGCCGAAAGAGACGAUGCCAGCGAGGGAGACGCGUCACUUGGCAGCCUUCGUGCUCCAUCUGAUGACCAGGGGGAGCAAUCUCCUUGGAGUUCAGAUGUGGCCGAAGAGGGACGCAGAUCUCCGACCUGGUCAGACCGGUCAUGGUACACCGAUCUUGGCUCCUGGAACGCAAUGAUGGCCGGGUCGUCGGUAAGUAGCCGUAGCUCGAGCAGCAUCAGCUCGCUGUCGACUUUCCGGUCGCCAGUGAGCUCGACCUCGGGCUACGUCUCCGGCGUCUCCGGUGGCGCAUUCAACCCGGAUGAUGAUGAAGGUGUGAUGGGCGAUGAUGAUGAGGAGGAGGAGGAGGAGGAGGAGGAGGAGGAGGAGGAGGAGGAGGACGUGGCGGAUGUUGUUGACGCCGAAGCAAUCGACGAUGCGGUGCCAGAGGCGGAGAAGGAGGAAGCUGCUGCCGGGCCGUCGGCUUCGAAUCCAUUGAAAAGAUCCGGCACAGAUCUUGGAACCGACGCGCCGAGCAGUAAGCGACCAACUUCCUCGUCGCUGCCCACAUCCGAUCGUCGAUUUGCUCUCGUGAAUGUGGCAAUGCAACAUUCAAAGGAUCCCCUUCACCAGGAAUUGAAGAAGCAUUUGGAGGAGCUUGGAAUUGAUGAUCUUGAAUCGGCCGAGUAUCACUCAAUGCCAUUCAAGAAUCAACUCCCUCACUUCCUGGUGAUCUUCGUGGUUGGAAGCGAUGCGUCGGCAUCGCUCAUCAACGAGAUGAUCAAAGAAGAUGAAUGGAUGGCCAAGUUCAAGGAAUGCGGCACGCAACAGUUCUUGUGGCGCGAGUUGGAUGCGGAGGAGCUUGUCAGAACGUUCCUUUUGGCGAUGGCAUUGUCGCAGUACGUGCCAAUGGGUGCGGCGUUGGGUAAUGUGGCCGUGGUCCUGGCCGCUCUCAACGACCAGGAAUUGAUGAAGCGAGUGAAGGACAAGCUGUCCGGGAAGGGGCACAAAAUGAUAUGGAGAAUAAGGAAUCAUCUUGGCGUGUAAAGCUGUUCUCCUCCUGGAUUUUUAAAUAUUGCUCAAUAUUCAUUUUUGUUUUUAUCAUUUUUAAAUUUGCACUGUUUUAUCCAUGAAAAGUUUUAGUUUUA